AUGCCGCUGCAGGUUCAGCCAGCUCUUCCCGAGGACGCAGCGACAGCAUGCGCAAUAAAAAAGGCUGCCAGCGAGACAAGUCCUUUCGAUCGCAUCUUUUUCCCACAGAUGCCCGACGACGAUACCAUGCAAGUUCUAGCACGGCGUCUUGCCAGCGAGAUUGAGGAGAGUGGCCGUGAGGGUGGAAGCUGCCGCGCCUUCAAGGUUGUCGACACUGAUGUUCUUCUUAAUACCGGGGCUUGUGAAAUGAUUGCAUUUGGCAAAUGGAAGGUUGAGUGCGCGACAGGCACAAGGGACGAGGUCGACGAUGACGACCUGGACAGGUUCGGCCCUGGAAGCAAUGUCGAGGCCUGCGCUCUGGCAUUUGAUGGGAUGGAAAACAUGAAAAGGGCUCAUGUCGGCAAUUCCGCCCAUAUUCAUCUCCAAACCAUCCACACAGACCCGAGACACCAGCGCCGCGGCGCGGGCUUGCUGCUUGUCAAGCGCUGCAAACAAGAUGGUGACGCCAUGGGACUAUCCGUCUGGCUGGAGUCGAGCGACGACGGACAUCGGCUAUAUCAGAGAUGCGGUUUUGAGGAUGUCGAGGAAUUGGUAACGGACCUAAGCACCUGGGGUGCUUAUCAUCCGCACCGAAGCUGGCUGAUGGUGAAGCAUGCUCGCCCUGCCAGCCUCGACACAGCGAAUAAAUAG